AUUAUUGGGAUUACUGCAUACCACAAAGUCAUUCACGUUGCUCAGAAAUAAAGAAACGUUGCACGAAACGGUUUAAACGAGGAGCAAAACAUACUCAAUAAGCUAUCCUGUCCAUCUUUGAAAAGAUGCUGCUAGGACACAGUCCAAGACUGGUGAUUCUAGUCUUUGCAGGCGUAAUAAUUCAACUUCUUACAGGUGUUGCCUUGGGAAAGGGUUCAAAUGGGUCGUGGGAACACAUCCUUCGCAAAGAUCUUCUCAGUAAUUACGACAAAGAAGUCCUUCCGCCAGGCAAGCCGCUAGUUGUGAAAUUUGCUGUUCGUAUUCAGCGACUGGCAAAAGUGGACAAUAAAGAUGAGCUGUUUACUGUCGACACUUGGACUGUGCUGACUUGGGAAAAUUCAUUCAUGAAAUGGAACUCUAAAGACUAUGGCGAUAGAGACCGCAUCCGCCUUAGCCCAUCCGAAGUCUGGGUCCCAGAUAUCGUGCUAUAUAACAACGGGGACAGCAACACGCCGUUUGCUGGAGGGCGUAGCAAGUUUCUCACGCAAGUUACGGGGGAGGAAAGCGGCCAGAUGACCUGGUCUGGACCGGCAACAUUUGUUGGGACCUGCGAGAUGUCACUUCAGGUGUGGCCGUUUGACAAACAGAAGUGCUCUCUGUCCUUCGGCUCGAUGUCAUAUGGGAACAAUCUGCUGGAUAUAGAAUUUUUCAAGGCAAAGGGUGACAAAUCAGAUCGAUACUUGACGAGUGGAGACUGGGAUCUGGUAGAAAUCAACACUGCCAAAACAGAGACGAGCUUUGGUAACUGCUGUCCGUACAACUACACCGAGAUUCAGUACACGCUCCAUAUCCAGCGGCGUUACAAGUACCACAUGUUCUACCUGGUGGGCCCGUGUCUCAUGCUCUCAAUCCUUGCAGUACUUGGCUUCUUCAUCCCGUCAGAGAGCGGAGAGAGGAUUGGCUUUGUCACCACACUUUUACUCGCGAUGAUGGUCUUCCUGUUGCUGAUCCCAGACGCUCUGCCCGAAUCCUCUCGGAGCAUUCCCAUAUUAGGAGUAUUCAUGAUGGCGACCCUUGUUAUGAUCUCGUGUAUCCUGUUGGUCACAAUCAUGGUCCUUAAUUUCUAUCACUGGGAGGGACACCCACCAAAAUGGGUCCAGAAAAUGUUUUGCAAGUCAGCCAAGCCUACGAAAUCGCCGAUUGUUGGAGUUGAAAUGAAUGAUAAGAGUGAAAUAAGUCUGAGAGCCGUGCAGCCGUACAACAACCAGCCCAGUUCGGAAAACGUCUCCACCGGGGAUGAGAACGCAGCGAUGACUUAUAGGGAACUGUCUUUGAAACUCGACAAGUUUUUCUUCUGGUUUUUCGUGGUUAUCGCAGUUGUUAUGUUUUCGAUCAUUUUGACAAAUAGGGGUUAGAACGAACGAUUAAUGGAAGUUUUUUUUGAUACCCUUCAUAAAUCUGGAAUCUGAUUUGGAUCUGAAAUACCUUCCAACAUCAACACGUCGUAAGGAAUUAGUGAAUGUAUGCCACGCCAAGUUAUAAAACAUAAAUACAAACCGUAAGGAAUUCGUAAUAGUUGCUUAUUAGUAGGAAUGUUAUUUAAUAAUGUAUAUAUCUUUGGUGUUGUUUCUACUUUGAUACCAUCGAUCUGAUUGGUAGUAUGUCAAAAAUCGUUAAUUAAAUCACCGUUAAUUAAUUUGGACGUAAAUUUCGCACCCCCCUAUAAAAAAACUAUAAAGCAUAAGCGAAUUAGAUAAAAACGCUACUUUUUCACUUGAUCACUCUGGAAUAUGAUAAAUCUAUAAGUCAAACAUUUUUGUAGACAAAUCCAAUAAACGUCCCGUGGAGAUACUGCAA